AUUAUAUUAUUAUUAAUAUUUACCAAUUUAUUUAAUUUUAAUAAGGCUCAAUGUCCCUUUUCCAUUACCCCAAUUAAAGGUGCUUCAGCAACAUUUUAUACAACAUUAGAUAAUGGAAACUGCGGUUAUGAAAGACUUUCAGGACCUCUCGGACCGGGAAAUAAAAUGAUAGCUGCAUUGGGUUCAAAGUUGUAUCAAAAUGGUUCUCAAUGUGGUCAAUGUUUUAAAAUUUCUAAUUCUCAAAAUGUUUCAGUUGUAGUAAUGGCCACUGACUCUUGCCACGAUGCAGGGUAUUGUCAAAGAGAUGGUCAUUUCGAUUUAAGUCCAGAAGCAUUCGCAAUUUUAGGGAAAACCUCGGAAGGUGUUCUCGAGGGAUUAACUUUUUAUAAAGUUCCUUGCCAAAUCAAUGGAAAUGUAAAAAUUAUGAUGAAAGAUGGUUCUAAUCCAUAUUGGACAUCAUUUUUUAUUUUUAAUUCAAAAGUUUUAAUAAAAAAAGUUUCUAUUAGAAUGUCAAAUUCAAAUCAAUUUAUUCCAUUAACCCAAACUACUUAUAAUUAUUGGCCAACUAGUAUUACAGGAAAUAAUUUCGAAGUUAAAAUAGAAUCAAUUAGUGGUGAAUUUAUAUAUAUCACAAUACCAUUUGUAGAGUCUAGAAAAGUUUAUGAUACAGCAACUCAAUUUUCCACAUAUGAUUGU